AUAGAAAAACACUGCGGGAAGUAGAAUGAGUACUUUACAUUGUAUUUUUCGUUAACAUCGAGGAACCCGACUUUCUCUCUAAUAUCAAUCUCGUUUUUUUACUUUCGCCAGUCUUUAUAAAGUAAGGCAUUUUAAGCUACGUUGCGCGUCAUAUGUUUUUAUCCUUAUAUGGUGUGUGACAUAACACUCAUUAAAUUAUAAUAAUGUAAGUUUGAAUUAAUGGGUAGUAUACUGACGACCUCAUUAAAAUUUGAACAUUUAAGGUGAUAAGGCUGUCAAUGUUUCAAAGAAAAUAGUGUUGAUGGAUUUUUAAUGUGAUAUGCAUUUGGAAAAGCAUAAGUAUACUUUUCCAAACAGAUUUGAAAAAGCUUUUUGAAAUCUGUUUUCUUAGAAAGAAAUAGAGUUAAUUUUGAUGCUAUCGGUAGUCAAUCCACUUAGUUUGCAUUCAGCGGACCUCAUUCGAGUUCUGUUUCACCUACUUUGUUUUGUGCUGUGUGGUGGUACCAUUAAUUAAUGAAACUACCCCACAGCGGUUAUAACUGUUCCCAAAUAGUGUGACUCAUGUCCGAGCUUAUAAAUAUGCAUUUGCGUGUUGAGACAAAGAGCGGCUUCUCUUAUAUCAGAUUAUCAGGUUGCGUCGUCACCUACACUUGACUGUCACCCCAUGAAACUUUUUUGAAGUGGAUGAUAAGAUGUACUUGCUUAACAUCAUCUCUAAAAGUUUAUAAUAUGACUAAUACUUAGUUAUAUUCACGAAGAUAAGCAACUUAAACUAAUCCAUACGUCACCGUUCUUAUAUGAAUUUAAAGCAUCUGAAUACUAUUUCUUCGGAAAUAAGUUUCAGUAUUAAUAGACAUUCAGUUUUUAUUCUAUUUAUUAUCAGUCAGUCAGCUGCAACGUAGGACCAGGCACAUAUAUGCAUCGGCCCAAGUUGUUAUACCUCAUUAGCACAACAAGAUGAACACCGUAUUCAUAGAAGUAGUUAAUUCAGUGGCAGUAAUAUAUAAAAGGAUGAUUUCAUACAAGGAUAUGAUACAGAGAGGAAGAAUUAUUCAGUAGAAAGAAAGAUAUAAAGCAAUUUUAAUCUCAUCGUUUAAGGGGUAGACAAAGAGUGUAUACACCUACGUCAUUGUGAUAGAUUCUGAGCCAUGUCACCAAAAGUCUCCAACUAUUGGUUAUGAUAGUCACGCGGACCUAAACCAAGUAGUCUGUAUCUACCAACAUGGCUAAGACCAGAAGUUAGUGACUACAAGCAUUGAUGCCACGUUUUGGUUUGUCCGCCCCUAACUUUCUUCCAACCAUGCUCAACACCGAUUAACAUUGCACGUCGUGGUAAUCGGUGUUCAGGCAUAUACAACACAUGGCCCAACCAUCUCAGUCGAUGAAGAUUGACAACCUUAUCAACUGAUUUACCAUCAUUCCCUAAUACCCAAGAUAAGUGAAGUUGUAAAUACGUUCGACCACUUCACUCCCUACUCUUAGUUCAGGUGUUGACGCAGACAAGUCCUGUAGCAACAACUUGCAUUUAGAGGGAGAGAAGCGCAUCCCAAAUACCUUUGUUGCUCAGUGCUAACAAAAGACUUUGCAUUUUGUUAGCGUCUUCACCAAACAGGACUAUAUCAUCUGCGUAUUCUAAAUCGAUAAGUGGACCUCCUAUAAGGAGAUCAAUGCCCGAGAAUUCAGUCGAUGAGAGCGUUAUUUCCAUCAGUAGAUCUAUGAUGAAGUUAAAUAAAAAAGGAGAAAGUGGACAGCCUUGAUGGACUCCACUUGAGGUUGCAAAAGCAGAUGGCAGUUCACCAUAAGCUCUGACUCGACUAGUAGUGUUCGAGUAAAGAUACACGAAGGGUGUAUCUCGUCGGCUCACCGUCUUUCCGAGGUGAGGUCAAGUGAAUGACCACUCUAGGAUCCUUUAUGCGUGUUUCAGAGACACAGCAUACAUCAAUGGUACGAGAUUCUAAGGUUUUAGCCAAGAAAGCCUGCUGACCGAUUUGACACAGUGUGUGUACGUCGAAGGCUCCAAUGUGUAGUUUGUAGUGAGGUUUCAGUAGACCUGGGACAGUGUUUUGCGCACUAGAAUUGUUGGCUAUCGUGACAUUUGAGGAGGAAACCAAAAGAGGAAGUUUAGUGUAGAAAGUCGAUCUAGGAAGAAUAAUAGGAAUUGAAGAGGGAUUAUUUUAUUAUUUUGUUUUAACAGGUAGAUAUUGGUACAAGAAGGCACCAAAUAUGUAUGCGCCACACAGAUAUCAAUUGAUAUAUGUGAGGGCUGUGAUACUGCACGGGUGCUCAAACCGAAGCAGGUGGUUUCCUUAGGAAACCACACCAUGAGCCUUUGACCUGAAGAUCUGAUCCACAAGGCAGUGGAGCAUCGUAAGGAGAUACAGUCCCACGAUAGUCGGUGACCAACGAUUGGUUCAUACGCCAUUUGUUCCUUCAGGAUACUGGAGCCCAUGUGCACCAUUGGUUUGGAUCCGGUUAAAGCGCCGGACAUUCGCCUUUCGUCCUCUCAUUUUCGGUUAUCACUCCCCGGUUGCCCAUACCGUGGAAGGGUUCUUCUGGAGGUACCUGGAAAGGAAAUUGGAUUAGAGGUGGUCAUAGUGACCUGAGAGCGUGACCGCAGUGCCCAAGGGACAGUUGCUUGAGGUCGGUCACACACGACCUUUUUAUGAGUAGUUUUUGUGUUAGCUCCGUACUUGUUGAGACCUUACCGCCGGAGACGGAUAUCCGUGGGAUAAGGCGAGGUGUGCAUUUUUUGGGUCGACAUUUUCUAACCCCACUACUUCUUGUAGGAAGGCAGCAUCGCUGUUAUGCUGGUUGUCUGAAAGAAACAUCUUACUGCUGUCACACCUCUGUACAGUGAGCAGUACGACUUCGCCUUCGGACCUUAGAUUUGUAGCUUUUGGUCUUACUGCUCUUGAACCGACCUGCCUGAUAUGGUGGGACCUUGAGGAACGGUCGUUCCAGCCAGUAUAGCUCAGUUGCUUCAUCACGAUAGGCAAGCUCGACCACCACAUCAAGGUAGCAACAACGGCGGGGAUUCUGUUUAUUAUAUGAUUACAUGUACUCCCUUCUGCUGUGCCUGUGAUGUUUCCCCACAACAGGAGAUUACAAACUAUGUCCGCUUAACUAGCUGGUAAAAAACACGAGAUAAAUCCAGAUUUACUCUACAUAAGAAGAAAUACAGACUUCUAAAAUCCUACAGCUCAUGAGAAUAAUGGCUGUGUAUGCUUCAGAUUGAUACGCUUGUUCACUAAGCUAAUUAUAUUCAACCUCAAUUUCAUUAUGAUAAGUGAGACUUCCUGUUCUUUCUUUCUGCCAGUUAGAUAGGGUUUUUAUAUAGAUUUUUUAAUAAAAACUGAAGAAAUUCAGUUGUAUCCGAAUUUCUCGAAUUAUAUAUCGAUCAUAACAACUCAUCAGUUCUCACUGAACACAAAAUCACAGUAAGUUAACCAAUACGAACGAAAACACAUCAAACAAAAUGUAUACAGAAUUAAAUAGCACAACUGGAAAUACACUAAAAAUCAAUUAAAUAAUUCAUUUCGAGUAAUUAAUCACAGUAUUGUGUUAAGUUAGUUGGUCAAUAACCACCUUAGAUUGAUAUGCAAAUUUUUAUAGACUGAUUUUGUUUCUUCAAUGUACUUGGAGGCGUUAUAUCCUCAACACAUGACUAACAUCAAACGAAUUUUUCCAGUAUCACUGUGAUCACAGCCAAAAAUAAACCAUAAUCUCAGCUACAAAAUGGUCUUGAAACCACCAUCACAAGUUCACUUAAUAGACUUUUCGUAAAAGAGUACAUUAAGCAUCACAUAUAUGUUUCUAAAGAAAGUUAAUUCUACCUAAUUUUGGUUGUUUGAACAUUUAAACUCUAAAUACAGUUACAUCAAUUGAUGAUAUUUUCCAGUAAUUAACUAUUAUGUCCAUCGACAGAAUUCCUCAUUCUAUUUUUGUCAUUAACGCAUUAUGUUAUUGUGAAACUAAUACUUUCAGUGCUCUGAAAUUGGUCGGAAUAUCUGCUAUAUUCUAGGAUUUAUCACUACCAACAUAUUCUAAUGUCUCACAAAAAACACAAGCAAAAAAGAAAGCAUAAGAAAUCAAGCACUGAUGAUUCUUCAUCAGAGAGUGAUUAUGAAUGGAAACAAGAUGAUCAAAGUCUACAAGAAAAAUCUACUAAAAAAGGUGACGUACAGGAAAAUAAUUGGAUCACUGAUGUUAAAUCUCUGGACUGCUUUUUUGAUACAUUUAGUUCAAAGCCAAAUGGGAAUAAAGCAACGAAAAAUAGUCAGAGUAAUAGCUACAAAAUGAAUGAGCUUAAUCCUUACUUGAAAGAUGGGGGGAGUGGUUUGCCAAAUAGUGAAACUUCUUCAAAAUCUGUUUUGACAGACGAUAAUCAAUCAUGGCUGUACAAGUCAUUCAUUCGUUGUGUUGACACAUCUAAGGAGACGGGUGUUAGUUUAAGAAAUGUAUUGCUUCAGCGUUGGGACGAAGAUACUGUGAAUGAUAUGUUGAAUAGAUUCGGAGAUAGACAUGGAAAUAACAAAUGUUCCACAACGCAGUUUAAUUCUAACACAUUGGACAUGAAACCACGUUGGCGUAAAUGUCAGACUACUAAUCCUACUACUGAUAACAAAUCAUUGUCUCAUUUACAUUCAAAAAGAGUUUAUUCGCCCGAAAAUACUGAAUCAUUAUCAAAGCAAAAAGAAUUAAUCACGGAAUCAGAAAAUUCUAUAAAUGAUUGUCAAAGAACAUUUGAAGAACGUUUAGUUACAAAUGAUGACAUAAAUUCAAUCGCCGCAAAGGUGAUGCGAGCAGAAUUGGAGUCGAAUCAUGUGAAAGUAAAAAAAUUAAAAGCAAAUUUAGAGAAAUUACGUGAAGCUAUGCGUCGUGGUAUUAAAGUACGAAUUCAUACUGUACAAAAGAAUAAAACAAUCCAUAAUCAGUCAGGAGAUAAUCAGUCUAAAAUAAUUGCAUUAACACGUUUAAAUGAUCAAGGUAUUGAAAUACCAGUACAUAUACGUAAUCUUCCAGGAACUUCACGUACCAAUGAUAAAAACUUACAACGUUUUAAAUCUCAUGACUCAACUGGACAACGGAUAGCCUUCUUCCCAGAAGAUAAUGAAAACCAACAAGUUGCUGAUAUGAUACGUGAUGAACGUUUACAUUCAGCAAGUGAUAUGGAUUUGGAAUUUUCAAGACUUGCUAGAAAGAGUGUAGAAGAUGAAUACACUGAUGCUUUUGUGAAAAAACGAGUAAAUGCUGAAAAAGAAGCUAUUAAAUGUAAACAGGAUGCUGUAUCAUCUUAUAAGAGAAGAUUAUUUGCUGAGUCAAAAUGUUUGACUUGUCUAGAACGUGUUCCUAAAUAUUUAAUUGUUAGUCUUGGUGAAAAGGUGUUCUUGUCUUUGCCGUCACAUAUUAGUAUGACACCAGGUUAUUGUUUACUUACACCUUAUGAACAUAUCAGUUCAACUACUCGACUAGAUGAAGAUGCGAUAAAAGAAAUUCAACAUUUCAAAUAUCAAUUAACUGUAAUGUUUGAAGAGCAGUACAGUAAAUCAGGUUGUGUUUUCAUUGAAACUGCUAGUAAAUCGGAUACUAUUCGUCAUCACAUACAAGUGGAGUGUAUUCCGGUUCCCAAAAAAUUAUACAACUCACUACCUGCUUACUUUAAGAAAGCCUUAAGCGAAAUUGGCUCUGAAUGGGAUCAAAAUCGUCGCCUGAUCACAUUAAAACCGGGUGGAUCUGGCGCGUAUGGUGCAAUUCCUCCGAAAUUUGCUUAUUUAGCUGUAGAGUUCGGUACUACAAAUGGUGGUUUCGCACGUAUUUUAGAUGAAGAACACGAAAUAUCUUCAUAUUCUGGACGUGAAAUCAUAGCUGGUGCACUAGACAAAGAACCUCGUCUAUGGCGUAAACCAAAAAUGGAGGAUUUUGAACAUUUACGUCAAAAAGUUGUAACUUUUGAAAAUCUAUGGCAUACAUACGAUAAAUGGCAACAGAAUAAACUGAAAACUCAUUCUUCAAAUGAUGCACAAAUAAUUAAUGAUGGAGAAUCAGGUGCAAACAACAAUGAAUUUGAACCAGAAGGUCCAGCUUUACCUCCAGGAUAUUGA